UGUAAUAACAUCAUUGAUCGAUUAGUUGAUUAUUAUUCAUCAUGGACCAUAGAGGAGAGAAAAAAUCCAGGCCUCAUGAUUUACUCAUAUUAAUUCAUAGAACCUAUUUCUAACAGGGAACUCGCAUCAGCGAUGGCAACUAUGGACAGCCUAUUUCCAGAACUCUCGCGAAUAACUAGCACAUCGUUACCGGAGAUAGUUUGGGAAGAUGACCAAACAACCACAGAGAGAAUGGAACUGUUUCUGAAUAGUGCUUUGUGUGUUAUUCAUAACUUAUCCAAGAGUACAGAACACCGGGAAAAGUUCCGCACUCCUGAAAUGAGAAAGAUACUUGAAAUCUACAAAGGAUCUCCAUCAUCACAGAGACGGAUUUUUUCUCUAUUAGCAAUUAGUUACAUGGCAGAUCCAAACAUAGAUAUGUCGCUACUGGAGGAUAAAUAUGGUGAACAACAUAAUGAUGAUGACGCAAAAAAAUCUGCUAAUAAUAUGCAAAUGUUGGAUAAUCUUCAGUGCAUUUUGUCGGAAUGUGACAGUUUUGGUACUAAUGACGUUAUGGAAAUUAUCAGCGCAGUCAAACGUAUCGUUUCAGACAAAACGAGUGGUAGACAUACCCUCCUCAAACACAUGGCAAUGCAUGAAUGGCCAGGUCUACUUGUCCGUAUUAUUUCUGAUGUGUGGAAACCAGUCAAGGAGGUGUACACCGAUGAAGUAUUGUGGUCGAUCCUUACAGACACCAUCGAUACCAUGAUUACAUACAGCGACGCUUGUGUUGAAUGUGCAGAUAUUCUUAUUGAACAUGGAGCAUUAGCAAUGAUGCAAGAAAUUGCUGAUGCGUAUUAUCAACAUUUUAAACAAAAGAUCAUUGCCCUCAAUUAUAAAGUAAGUGAAUAUAGAGGUGAAAAUAGUGGAGAGUUAAGAGCAGAUGAUAACCGGCGUUCAAAGGACCCGACAAAAACCAAUAUACUAAGUGGACAGCCAGGAACAGACGAGUAUCUGUCAAAGGACAUGACAACACAAACCAAUAUACCAAGUGGCCAGCAAGGAGCAGACGGACAUCAGUCAAUGGGACAGACACAAGCCAAUAUACCAAAACAGCAAGGAGCAGACGUACAUCAGUCAAUGGGACCGACACACACCAAUAUACCAAGUGGCCAGCAAGGAGCAGACGGACAUCAGUCAAUGGGACCGACACAAACCAAUAUACCAAAACAGCAAGGAGCAGACGUACAUCAGUCAAUGGGACCGACACAAGCCAAUAUACCAAAACAGCAAGGAGCAGACGUACAUCAGUCAAUGGGACCGACACAAGCCAAUAUACCAAAACAGCAAGGAGCAGACGAACAUCAGUCAAUGGGACCGACACAAACCAAUGUACCAAAACAGCAAGGAGCAGACGUACAUCAGUCAAUGGGACUAACACAAGCCAAUAUACCAAGUGGCCAGAAAGGAGCAGACGAACAUCAGUCAAUGGGACCGACACAAGCCAAUAUACCAAAACAGCAAGGAGCAGACGUACAUCAGUCAAUGGGACCGACACAAGCCAAUAUACCAAGUGGCCAGAAAGAAGCAGACGGACAUCAGUCAGUGGGACUAACACAAGCCAACAUACCAAGUGGCCAGCAAGGAGCAGACGUACAUCAGUCAAUGGGACCGACACAAGCCAACAUACCAAGUGGCCAGCAAGGAGCAGACGAUCGUCAGUCAAUGGGAUUGACACAAGCCAAUAUACCACGUGACAAACAAGGAGCAGACGAACGUCAGUCAAUGGGACCUACACAAGCCAAUAUACCAAGUAAACAACAAGGGGCAGAAGGGCAUCAGUCAGUGGACCUGACUCUAAACAAUUCAGUGCAACUAGAAACAUCAAAGUACAAUGCCAUCGAUUGCAGUCAUCGUGGCAAAACCGACCCUGACAUAAACAAUAUAUCAAGUUCAAAGACAUCACAAGAAAGAGAAGUAAUCCUAAUAAUUGAAUAAUUAAUCACUAAUUUUAAAAUGUUUAACGUUUAAAGUUUGCAUAUGGUCAGUCUGACAAAUAUAUCUAUAUAUAUUUUGUAUAUUUUAUUCAAUCAUCAACC